AUGCUGCGGCUCAGCAAUCUUAGCCGUCGUUUCCUCAUGACAAAAAUCUACUCCAACCCCAUCGAAGCUAUCCAAGACAUAAACACAGGCACUUCAAUUGCUAUUGGUGGGUAUGGCUGUUGUGGAGUUCCUGAAAACCUUAUCCAAGCUCUCAGAGACUACGGAAACUAUGAUUUCACUGUAUAUUCUAUGGGCUGUGGGGCUCCAGGCUAUGGGAUUGAUUUAUUGUUAGAGUCAAACCAAUUAAAGCGAGUCAUCACGUCUUAUCUAGGCUCAAGCACUCUUAUAGAGGAUCAAUAUUAUCAAGGAGUCAUUGAGCUAAAAUUAGUCCCUGAAGGUACAUUAAUUGAACGUAUUAGAGCUGGAGGCUCAGGAAUUCCUGGGUUCUGGACCAGAACUGGGGUAGGCACUGUAAUUGAAGAAGGCGGUUUUCCAUUGAAAUACAAGCCGGGAGGUAAAGGAAUCCAGAUUAUUUCUGAUGGAAAAGAAAGGCGGCUAUUUGAUGGCCAAGAACACCUUUUUGAAGAGUCAAUUAGGACAGAUUUUAGCUUGGUUAAGGCAUGGAAAGCAGACACAAGAGGAAAUUUAAUAUAAAUAUUUUAAAAUAAAUAUUUUUCCAGAAAUUUUAAAAAAUAAUCUUAUUUUUAAUAAGAAAAUAAAAAAAUCUCUGUUAAAUCAUAUUAUAUUUUGCUAAAAAAACUAUACAAAAACACAGCAAUGAAUUUCAAUCCAGAAGUCGCUAUGUGCUCCAAAGUGACCAUUGCCGAAGUUGAAGAAAUCGUUGAAGAAGGCGAGCUGGACCCUGACCAAAUUCAUACCCCAGGCAUUUUUGUUCACAGAUUAAUUAAAGGCGAAAAAUACAUAAAGCCUUUUGAAUAUGUUUACCACCCUUCAAGUGAAGAUAAAACUCAAGUUGACAAUUAUGAUUUAAGAGCCAGAAUUGCUAAAAGAGUCAUCAAAGAAUUAACUGAUGGAAUGUAUGUCACUUUAGGCUUAGGAAUUCCAAGCCUAAUCCCUGACUUUUUGCCUCCAGAUUUGAAGAUUAGGAUCCAUUCAGUAUCUGGAGCCUUAGGAGUAGGUCCAUCUCCUCGAAAUGGAAACCGAAACCCUGAUUUAGUAAAUUCCAAUAGAGAACCAAUCACAAUUUUGCCUGGCGGCUCCACCUUUUCUAGCUGUGUUUCUCUAAAUAUGCUAAGAGGAGGCCACAUGGAUGCAGUCGUCGUCCCAGGUUUCCAAGUAUCAAAACAUGGAGAUCUCGCUAACUGGAUAAUCCCAGGAAAAAUCAUAAAAGGUAUGGGAUCUGCCAUGGACGCCGUCAUCCACGAACAGUCCAAAGUCAUCGUCACAAUGCUGCAUGCCCACGAAGGUAUCCCAAGGAUCGUAAAAGAAUGCACCCUCCCUAUCACAGCCAAAAAAUGUGUAGAUCUACUUGUCACUGAGCACGGGGUGUUCGAUUUUAAUAGAGAAGACGAAAUCACAUUGAUAGAAAUCGCAAAAGGGUCGACAUUAAGCCAUAUAAAAGACAUCACAGGAUGCGCUUUUACAGUGUCCUCUGAUCUUAAAGAAAUGCAGCAAUAG